AUGGUAUACUUUUUUACAAAAAAAAAUUACAGCUUUGAAAAGGAAUUUUUAGCCAUGGAGUCCAGAAUGGCCAAUAUGGAAUCCAAAAUCAAAAGCUCUAAAUUCUUCCAUAAUAAUAUUUAUAAAAAAAUUAUUUUUUAUGGUAUUAUUAUAGAUUUAAUUAUAGCCAUUAUCUCGUAUGGUGUAUCAAGUUCCCUCAACACUUUGCCUGAAAAGACAUCGUUACUUUUUUAUUUCAUUUUAUUCUCAAUUGUAUUAUUCGCAUUUGCCAAAUUUUAUAGAUUUUUAAUUGAAAAAUUAAUAAAAUACUAUGAAAAUAAGUAUGGUAAAUUAUUUAUUAGUUUAGAAAAAUUGGUUGAAGAGAGAAAACGUAAUAUCAAUUUUGAAGAAACCAAAAAACUCUGCGAGAAGUAUGAUGAUAUAAUAAAUAAUAAUAGGGAUCAAAAUCAUGCACAACAAAGCCCUGAAACCCAAGGAUCAAUAACCCCACAAACCCAAGGAUCAAUAACCCCACAAAUCCAAGGACCAAAAACCCCACAAAUCCAACAACCAAAAGCCCCACAAAUCCAACAACAACCACAACAACCACCACAACAACAACAACAACAACAAACCCCAAAAAAACAACAACAACAACAACAACAACAACAACAACAACAACAACAACAACAACAACAACAACAACAACAACAAAUUAAAGAAACCACUCAAAAUUUUAGAAAUAGAUGGUUAAAUAAAAUAAUUGAUUACCUAGCUCCAAAUGAUCAAUUAAAAUUAAUUUGUGGUAACUGCAAUACCAAUAAUGGAAGUUUGCCAAGUGAAUACUUCCCAAAUAAAUUCCGUUGUAUUAGAUGCGGAUAUUUAAACUUCAAAAAUGAAAACCUUGGCCAAUAG